AUGUCAUUUAUAAGAAGGAAUACAGCACCUCCUCCAACUCUACCAGUACACAAUGGCCAUUCCCGAAUUGCAUCCAGGUACUUUGGCUGGGUAGCCACAGCUACUUCCGUUAUAUGGACUGAGCAAGAUGAAUGGAAGAAGCAGUACAAGAUGGCCAAGUACUCAGCUUCAGAGCACAACAAACCAUUUACCGAGAUGCUUAGAGAAAGGAAUGGCUAUGACUGCCCAGAGGUCUCGUUUGUAAUGGAUAGGCAUCCGUCAACUCGUGGAGAACACGAAACAUUAUGUGUUGAAGCGUUCACCCAGGGUGCUGAUUGGGUUCUUCUUGGCAAUGACCCAACUACAACUCGAGGUCAUCAACUAGCAAAUGUGGAGGAGCCCAAAGCCUGGAUAUCGGAUCGAAACUAUUGGCUUCUUAGGGACGCUGCGGCCGACCCUCUCCCGUAUGAGAAUAUACUAGGUCGUCAUGAGUUCUAUAAGGUCUUACAGAACGAGCGGUUUCGUGAGGGUCCAUUAGGAGAGAUGAUUGGCCCCAUCCGGCAUCUAUUUGUCAGUAAUCCGGAUGGAACAAGCGUUAUGUCAAUCUUGAAGACAGCAAACCAAUUUCAAGCCCCUGCUCUUCAUGAUCUUUUUGCAAACUACAUUACAACAAGUCCAACUCCAAGCAUCAAACUGAAAGUCUCUGACUUCUGGAACACCAGUUACGUUAUCAGCUUUGCUUUACCAUUUUAUGCGAUUGGUCUUAGCGGAAAGCAGGAUAGACGUACUCUUCAUGACCCUAAAUCCAUGUUCCGUGCUCGCUACACCCUGGAUUCUUUGAAUAUACAGGAGCUGCGUCGACUUCUAGGAUACUCAGAAGACUCCCCCUUAGAAGGAAAACUAGUACUACACGAGGGAGUGUAUUCGUUUGCCACGACCGGUGUGACUGAGGAGCAUUGGACGGCGUAUUGCUUUGAUGAUGAUUUCUAUGAAAGUGAACCACGGCUACUAGAGGAAGGAGAAGAACUCGAGAGCUCCGAAGGCACCAGAGACGGCGGUCCCCGCAGGAAUCUCAACCCUUCAAACAAGCACGACUGGAAGAUAUUCCCUGAACUAUUGAGCAAGGUGAUAUUUUACAAUACGAAAAACGUCGAAGAAAUCGAGAACUUCCUGGCGAAUGAUGUCCAGUUGAGCUCAGCCGGAGUACCUCAAGGGGAGCUCUGGCAGAGUCUACGAAGCGAUGUCAAAGCUAUCAAGGCUUUACGCGCAAUUGAUGGAAAACUGAAAGAGCUACGGGACGUUGGAGACAAGCUUGAGGAGACAAAAAGAUCAUUUAAGGAACUCAGGCGUGAAAGGAAGCUCGAUCGUGCAGAUGAACAGCAAAGCAGAGAUGAAAGAGCCAAAGAGUUUGCGGUUGCAGCAGUUUCAUUUGCCAUCCUGUCCUUGAUUGCUCAAGUUUACAGUGGAAAGCCGCAGAAAGGCGAUGAAGCAUCCUGGCCCGGAUACCUCUUUCUUGUGGCAUCUUUUAUCGUUAUAUGUAUAGCGGGCAUAUUGUAUAUGCUCCGAAAACAUGUUGCGUAUUACAGUAAAGCGCUGGGGGCAAAACUCAAUGGACUUCUGAGGAUGGCGAGGCUGGGUCUACGGUACGAUACAGUGAUUCGUUUGGCAACAAGAGUUUUGGGUUGGACAUGGCACCAGUCUGGAUUUGGAUUCUUUGUCGGUGUCUUGAAACAGCGUUUGAGAAGAGAAGAACCAGGACUCCCUGUAUAA